AUGAGCAGCAAAACCGCCGCCGACGGGUCGAGGCGUGGCAGCCGCGCAAAACCCAAAUCACCCACACAGCAGGCCACCAUGGCAGCAGGCCUCAACGUCAUGGCUUCAGCCGUUACCAAAAAGCGCUACUCAAAAACAAAGCUGGGGUGCAAGACGUGCAAAGUCCGCAAGAUUCGCUGCGACGAAACGUCGCCCGUCUGCAACAACUGCACCAAGUCUGGUCGCCGCUGCGAUGGCGUCGCCGAGCCCGCCAACAAGGACGGCGGCUUGACCUUUACCGCGCCCCUCACGCUGACGCACUUUCGCCCGACGCAGACGGGCUGGCUGACGCCCCAGGAGAUUGCCCACCUCGACCUGUUUCGCCACGAGCUCGUCUACAGCAUCGUCGGCCACGUCGGCACGCCCUCCUGGAAGCGCCUGAUUCUGCAGGCCGUCCACGAGGAGGUUGCGCUGUGCCACGCCGUCGUCGCCUUUACCGCCCUGAGCACGUCGGGCGUCCACGGGGGGGAUGCCGGCAGCGACAACGGCGCCGGCGCCGGCGGCUGCCACGGCACGACGGCCUCGAUGGCGGCGCAGUCGCCGCAGUCCAACGGCGCGUCCCGCGAAAACGAGUUUGCCUUGCGCCAUUACGGGAAAGCGCUCGAGGCGAUGCGCCACGUCUUUCGCCACAACGAUAAGCGAUCCAUCAACACGGCGCUUCUCUGCACGCUGCUGUGUAUAUGCUUUGAGUUGCGAAUAAAAGACCCCGCUACAGCCCUCACCCAUCUCGAGCAUGGUCUGCAAGUAGUAACUUCAAAUCUCCAUUCCGUCGACGAGGCCAUAACAACAGCAUUCGCGCGUCUCGAUCUUCAAGCAGCGAUAUUCCUAGGUGUCCGCCCACCUGCAUUGGAUCCAUCGCGGUUGGCUUCCCGCAUCUUUGUCUUUGAUUCAGUGUACCAAGAGGCCGACCACGCGCUCGCCGGCCUCAUCAGCCGCGCAUGGACCUUUAUACGGACCGUCGCCGACGACUAUCGCUACAACCAAGUCGACGGCCCGGUGCCCGCCGCCGUCGCCGCACAAGCGCAGAGCAUCAAAAGCAGCCUCGAAGCCUUUCGCAAGCAUUAUCUCGCGCCAAACAGCAAGCGCGAAAAGAUGCUGCCAGAGCAAAUAAGCCUGCUGCGCAUCAAAUACCUGACAACCGUCGUCAUCAUGAGCGGCUGCCUCUCGCACGAAGAGACAAUCUACGACGCGCACGCCAGCGACUUUGUCCAGCUGGUUAAUCUCGCCGCCGACAUUCGCGCGCGCCAGCAACAACUGAUUCCAAACUACUCGGGGGGCAGCGGCGGCGGCAGCGGGAGUGGCGGCUUCCAGCUCGACAUGGCCGUCAUCCACCCGCUCUACCUGACGGCGACAAAGUGCCGAUGCCCCGUGACGCGACGGCGCGCGAUCCAGGCGCUGUACACGGGGCCAGACUUUGAGGGCGCCUGGGAGGGCGUCGUCAGUGCGCGCAUAGGCGAGCGCGUCAUGCAGAUUGAGGAGGAGGGCAUCGCGUCGUUGGACCUGGACAGACUCCGGGAUGGCGAGCUGGUGGGUAUUCCGGAGAGGGCGCGCAUUCACUCUGUGGAUAUCUGCACCGAGCCCGCGCAGGGGCGUGCCACGGUGUACUUUGGGCGGCGGCCAAACGGGCCAGGCACCGACUGGGAUGACUUGCAGGAAGAAAUGACAUGGUAG